UUUCUCGGAGACAAGAAUCCAGAAACAGAUUUUUUUUGUUGAUCUGUAUCGCGUGCAAUUAAAUAAUCGCAUCAGUGAACGCGGGCAUAAAUAUACAUCAAUAUUAGAGAAUCCGAAGAACGAAAUCCAGGACGAAUCAACAAAAUGAACAUCUUCCAUCAGCUCGGUUUAUUUCCCUCUACGCUCGGGGGAUUCAUUCUUCUGCUGGAGGGUAUCAAUCAGGAACACAGCAAAAAGGCUAUGGAUGAUGGCUCCAGCCUGCUGCUCAGCAUCAAGCAGCAAAUGUGCUUGGCUGGUUACUCAGAAAACGACCUGCUGAAUUGGAUCUCAAAGAAAGAAGACAAAAAAAAAACGCCUCGAGAAUAUUAUUGCAACAGACGGGAAGUCGAAAACGAACGUGUUCAAGCAUCCGAAGUCACUCGGAACAUCGAACAACAUUUUUUCGCCGCCGCCGCGGAAGAAAAACUACGCCACACGUGA